AGACAAAACCGGGGAAAGCAAGAAAACAACAUAAUACCCCUGGCUUAAGACUUGAUCAACUCCCUUCCCCUAAAAUUGGGGUUUCCUUUCUCUCCCUCUUCCUUCCUCUCUCUCAUUGUUUUCCUUCACUGCAUUUAAUUCUUUUGAUCUUUUGUUCCCUUGGGAUGUUACGUUAAUUCAAGCUAACCUUAUAAGCUACAUUAUAAGAAAACAAAAAUAUAAUCUAACAUCCCAAAAAAUGGGGACAUGCAUGUCUGUACAAAAUGCAAGUUUCUUGAAAAGAACAAAAAUGAGGCCUACUCCUAUUGAUCAAGAAACUUGUUCCAAGAAUUCCAGCCGCACAUCCGUUCCUAAAUCCCAGAAAUUCUCUCGUCCUAUAAAUGUCGUUAAGGAUCCAUCUGGAGAUGACAUUUACAAGAGGUACGAGUUUGGGAAGGAGUUAGGAAGAGGAGAGUUUGGAAUAACAUACCAAUGUGUAGACAAGGAAAGUGGAGAGAAUGUGGCAUGUAAGACAAUAGCAAAGAGCAAGUUAAGGACAGAGAUAGAUGUGGAGGAUGUGAGGAGGGAGGUGGUAAUAAUGAGGCAUUUGCCUAAACACCCUAAUAUUGUUAGCUAUAAGGAAGUUUAUGAAGAUAAAGAGGCUGUUUAUCUUGUUAUGGAACUUUGUGAAGGUGGUGAACUCUUUGAUAGAAUUGUUGCAAGAGGACAUUAUACUGAAAGAGCUGCUGCUCGUGUUACCAAGACUAUUCUUGAGGUUGUCCAGGUAUGCCACAAGCAUGGCGUAAUUCAUAGAGAUCUUAAACCUGAGAAUUUUUUAUAUGCCAAUACAAGUGAAAAUGCUCAGUUGAAGGCCAUUGACUUUGGCCUUUCUAUUUUCUUUGAGCCUACUCAGAGAUUUGGUGAAAUAGUUGGAAGUCCAUAUUACAUGGCUCCAGAAGUUCUUAGAAGGAAUUAUGGACCAGAAGUUGAUGUGUGGAGUGCCGGUGUUAUUCUUUACAUUUUGUUAUGUGGAGUUCCCCCUUUUUGGGCAGAAACCGAAGAAGGAAUUGCACACGCAAUAGUAAAGGGUACAAUAGAUUUUAAUAGAGAUCCUUGGCCAAGAGUAUCAGAUGAAGCUAAGGACCUUGUCAAAGGAAUGCUUGAUCCAAAUCCUUAUAACAGGUUGACAGUUGAAGAAGUCCUUGAACAUCACUGGAUACAGAAUGCUGAGAAGGUCUCUAACGUAUGUUUGGGAGAAGGGGUGAGAGCGAGGAUUAAGCAAUUCACUUUGAUGAAUAAAUUCAAGAAAAAAGUUCUCAGAGUUGUAGCAGAUAACUUACCACAAGAUCAAGUUCACGGAAUUAAACAAAUGUUCUAUAUGAUGGACAGUGACAAAAAUGGAAACCUAAGUUUCCAAGAACUCAAAGAUGGUCUACAUAUGAUGGGGCAAUCUGUUGCUGAUCCUGAAGUCCAAUUGCUAAUGGAUGCUGCUGAUGUAGAUGGAAAUGGGAUGCUAAACUGUGAAGAAUUUGUGACAAUGGCUGUGCACUUACAGAGGUUAAGCAACGACGAUCAUCUCCGCCAAGCUUUCCUUCAAUUUGACAAGAAUCGAAGUGGAUAUAUUGAGUUUGAAGACUUGAAAGCUUCUUUGUUUGAUGAUCAUCUUGGCCCCAAGAAUGAUCAAGCGAUCCUCGACAUCAUAUCUGAUGCUGAUUUGGAUAAGGAUGGAAGGAUAAGUUACCAAGAUUUCAAGGUCAUGAUGUCAACAGGAAUGGAUUGGAAGAUGGGUUCACGCCAAUACUCAAAAGCAAUGCUAAAUGCACUCAGCAUGAGACUUUUCAAAGACAAAUCCAUGCAAUUGAAAAAUUAACUCUUCCAUUCUUGAGUUUUUCUUAUAUCAUUUCCCUAGCUAAUUAAACUCAUCAACCUGAGAAGAAGAUUAAGAAAUGAAAAGAAAUAUACAGGGUUUUGUUCCACUUCUUUGAUUAAUCAAGUAUACAUAUGGCUUGUUUUAAACUCUGUUUUUUUUAAGGCUAGUAUUCUAUGACAAAAGAUAUUUCGGGGA